AAACAGUCACGACGAUGAGACAAAUUCUCAAUCGCAAGCAGUGAAUCGCUCCGCGGGGACAUGACGGCCUGUCUGGUUUCCGUCGUGGCUUCCAUCCUGACGCUGGCCGUGGCCACGGUUCUCCUACUCCGCUACCUGUCGCCCAAGAAAGACGACCUGCUCAUCCACGGCCCGUUUGGCACCGUGCUUGGCUCCGUCAUGAGCUGCAGGGGACGCCUGGUGUACGCCUUUCGCGGCGUGCCAUUCGCCCAGCCACCGGUGGGCGACCUACGAUUCCGCGAAGCCGUCGCAGCGAGGGACGGUGGUGCCGAUUCCCUCUACGACGGCACUCGGCCACCGGCGCCUUGCCUCCAGGGCGAUAAGACAGACAAGACCCGCGCCGGCGGUGAAAGGGCAAAUGUCGGUUCGGAUCGGGGACGCGAGGACUGUCUCACGCUGAGCAUCUGGAAGCCGCCAGGUGCCUGCGAAGCCGGCCCGCUGGCGGUGCUCUUCGUGGUGCAUGGCCACUUCUUCCAGAUGUCGCACGCCGACAACGAAGGCCGUUGCCUUGCCGCGCUCGGAGAUGUCGUGGUCGUGGCGCCGCACUACCGGCUCGGAGCCAUGGGAUUCCUCAACGCGCCGCCCGAAGCGCCGGGCAACGUGGGCCUCUCGGACCUCGUCGUAGCCCUGAACUGGACUAGAACAUACGCGCCUUAUUUUUGCGGCGACGCGGCGAACAUAGUCGCUUUCGGUCACAACGCUGGGGCGUCCGCGGUCGGCUACCUGCUGCACAACCAGGAAGUCUUUAGCGUCAGCAGGGCCAUUCUCAUCAACGAGACACCGUUCACAAGGUACUACGUGAGGUACUUUGACAACACCAUCAACGCCAAGGCUAAUCUGGCGACGUUGGCUGAACGGCUAAGCUGCGACUCCAACAGAACGCGUUCUGUUUUGGACUGCAUGCGGAACGCCACUGCUGCGCAAGUCAUGCAAAGUGGUGCUCUUGGAAGGCCGAUCUUCUUUCCAUCGUACAACCAAACUCUGAUGCGUUUUCCACCCUACGACCGCAAUGAUAUAACCAGCGUAUGUCGCUCAUUGGGUGCACUUCACAGGAAUGCGUGCAAUUUCAAGAAAAGGAACAGCGUAAUCCAGCCAGACCGCAUCGACCUGCUCGUCGGCCACACGGAUGACAACCUCUUCAACCUCGCAGACACGCUGAGACUCAACUUAGCACAAACAGAGCAACUGCAUUUGCCCACGGCUUUUCUCACCCUUCUGGGCAUAGAAACACCGAUGGAGAUAAUCGGCUACUACCAAAAGGCGGCGCAUACCGAGUUGCUGCACCCGGCUGUCGAAGAGGGCGACGCAGACGCCGUAAUGCUGAAUGACGUUCUGCACGCGUGUCCCGCACGCUUCUACGGCCAGUUCCUGUCCCAGAAAUUCAACCGCGUCAGCAGCUUCGUGCUACCCCGUCUCGAGCGAUCGGCAAAGACCGUCGCGGCGGCCACGGACCUCGAGCGAUGGCGGGAACUGGACGAAGACUUACGGCGUGCCCUGGGAACAUUCCUUCCCGACCAAGCAACCGACUCGGACGUCAGCGGCGGGUUCAAGCUUAGCGCCACCCUCAUCUACAUAUGGGCAUCAUUCGCCACAGCAGGCCGCCUGCCAGCCGUGAAUAACGCUCCGUGGCCUCGCGUCACCGGCUAUGCGUUUCCCGUGGUGCACAUCAGACCGAAUGGACUGACACUCCUCAACGACAGCAGCAGGGAAGAACGCUGCAAGUUCCUCGAGCCCAGACUGUUGCUCUAGCAUGAUUCGGCACCGUUUUACGUUUCUGAUCUCGUUUUUGUAUUUUAUACCCCCUUUUGUCUUUCCGUGCUUCUUGACAGGCCUCUCCUUUCACGACUUUAGUGAUAAAACGCUAUUGUUUUGCUCCAUUUUGUGUGUUUGUGCAAUGGUGAUUACGGAGAAACUUAACGGACACGAGGUACUCGGGCAAAACAUGACUUUAUGGAGCCCGAUCCCUUUAAAUAUGGGCAAAGUGCCCACCAUUGGAUUACGCGAAUAUUUGGCAGGAUUGUCGCACAUGUUGUAACGGUACAGUUACCAACGGUAACAUUAAAUGCUUGUCAUUUUCGUGCCACUUAAGCCGCUUAACAAACCUAUCUCUUGCAAUCAUAAAUGGGUCACCAUUUAAAGCUACUGGACUGUCUUGACACUUGAUGCUUGCCUAAUGCUUUUCAUCCUUGCCUUUUUUGACGAUGGACAUUUUGAUCCAGCACCUUAUGAGAGCUUGUAUGAAACACCAUCGACACUUUCACUCGCAAGUUGCCUUGAACUAAAACUCCACUGUAUGCGCACCUGGCGCUUUUCCUUUUCGCCAGCACCGACAAGCUUCACCGAGUGGCGAUCUCGACACCUUCCUGACAGGAAUAAUUUAGGCGCUUGGAGAUUUACUUCGCCAUUAAUUAUUUGCGAUCGUUGUCUGCGCAAACCCGUUUGAUGCCGUGCCGACCUUCCCCGGGGUGGAGACCCUCGGUCUGCUGCACGGCCCCGGCGACUUUACGUCCGGCCGCGUAUAAAUGUCCUCGUGCUGCCGCAGUCCAUCGCGCGCGCCAUUAGUGCCGAUGCAGCGGUAUAAUGCGUCGUCAGCUUUCGGCGCACGACCGCCACAGCGCCCAUUAAGUCUUAUUUCCCGGCGUCGGUGGCCCAUUUUAGUGGGUGCUGGUCUUCCGUGCAAACCAAGCGAUUUGCUUGUGUCGUCCCCACUGUGUCUGUGUUGUGUUAUACCGCAUCGCACUUCAAACAUUACGUCAGCCCUCCGCCGGAACUGGUGGUGCGCGAACUGUCGAGUGCUUCUUUUUCCUUUUCUUGUCUCACGCCAGCUGCAACGAAAACAGCCCUACGCGCCUCAACAAUGGACCGUCGAGCAUCGCAUCACCGCGCAUUUGAAUUCGGUUCUCGUUUGGAUGGUCGUACACGCCGGCGGAGUACGUUUCUCUUGCGUUCAGUACAUUGCUUGUUGUUUUUGUACUUUUCCUUCUCACGUAGUGUUGACUGACUGUGGAUGCUCGUUCGCUUUGCACUCAAGUGACUGCACGAAUUCCCAUAAGUCCCCAAUGUUUUUCUCCAUACUCUAUACAUGCCAUAAAUAUAUUGCUUGUGUCG